AUGCAAGUGAGAAAUGAAGACAUCACCAUGGCCUGGGGCCAAACGCCUCAUCAGCUCGAUUCCCAAUAUGGACGCUGGCGGAUGGCUGUUUUUCAGGUCCACUGAGUUUUGAUUUUCAUUAUCACUAAGUCUGAACUCAAUUUAGAAAAAAAAAACCGAAACAGAGAAAAAUAUUGAAAAACUCUUAAUCUCACAGUUUUCUAUAUGCAUUUUGGGCCAAAAAACUUUUUUUUUAAUAUUAAAGUGUGAAGCUCAUUUAUGCUUUCAAGCUUGAUAGUCCAAUCUAGCCGAUUCCGGAGCUAUGUAAUCCUUAUUUCGUUUUAGGACGUCCAAGAGUCGGUCGACAUGAACCGGCUGUAUUUCCUCUACGAUCCAGAAUUGGAUGAGAGAAGCGGAACUUCGUUAGUUUCAUAUUGCCGUUCCUACGAAAAAUUGAAUUUACAGGGGAAGUCGCAAAGGUGGCAAGUGUCUGGUUACUUUUGACACCAAUAUUCGUUGUUUCACCUCGGAAAUCCCACUCUACGUGCCAGGUGGGAUAAAUUGAAUGAAGAAAGGCUAAUGAACAAAUGGAAUUUAAGGCGAACUCAAGUUCCUGUUUUCUCUCAAGUGUCCGUCACCUCAAGGAGGAUCGGCUCUUUUGCUUGUGACCGCUGAAAUGAUGAAUCAAGAUUUGAAGGUAGUUUUCCAGAUUGAUUCUUCCAACGUAUCAGGGCAUCUUCUAUUCGAAGCUUCCUUUAAUGGACACUUGCAAACUUCAGCUUUUUUCUAGGCGUCGAAGAACUAGGAAAGUGAACAAUAUUGCAGAAAAAUCUGCAAGGAAAUCAUUUUGAGACGUGGGAAUUUCUCACGACAACCAUUAGCCAAUAAAAAAAAAUGAAUAGUGACGUUCAUCAUUAGACCACUUGUAACUCGAAACCAGAUUUUUAUGCCGAAAAGGCUAGAACAGCGAAACGGAAAAUUGAUCGAACUGCCUAAAUUUUGACUAUGAUACAGUACGUUCCGAAAAAUUUGAAAUAUCUAGAAAAAUAAUGUUCCGAUUCAGCUCCACGUUUUCCGACUGGACAUGUCCUCUGAUGGAAUGACGAUUUCGAACUUGCGUCCACUUCUCAAUGAACCUUUGAUUAUCGGCGGCGAGUUCAUCUGCUGCAUGCGCGACGAUGCUCCGGAAAUUGUUGUCAUGGCAAAUCCAGGACUCAAGGUUAUACAGUUUUGAGAAAGUCUUUGAGUUAACCAAGUUUUCAGUUGUGGAGAAUCGAUGGAAUGGCUGAGAAUCCGCGUCCUUACGUUGCUUACAACGACAUCUACGGCGCUCAGCUCGAACAUUUCUAUGAUGGUUUUCUGAGCAACGGGUUGGUUUUUUGUAGGGCUUGAAAAGUUCUGAUCAGUUUAAAAAACUGGAUUGAAAGUUUAAUAAACCGGAAAGUACGAAAAGUGAAAUAGGAGUUAGUUUUGAAAAAUUUUAGAAAUCUUAGCAGACAGAUAACAGAAUCAGAAUAAAAUCCUUUACAGAAUGCCGUUAUAAAAAUAGGUGAAAAAAAUUGAGAUGGAAGUUUCAUAAUUUUGGGAAAAGAGCUUCUGAAACCAUGUGUGAAUUUUGAAGAAACAUCGUCUUCUUGUCGGCAUCGCCUGACGGCCACUUUGAUCCUUCGCGUGUUCAUCUCCUUAACCUGAACAACCCCAAAAACGUAAGCAUCUUGCUGCAAAAAAUUGAAAUACUUUAUUAACAAAUUUUUCAGAUGACCACGCAGAACACUUCGGCCGAUAACGCUCGUGGGAUGCCCACACCUAGAAAACAAGCCGGAUUUGAUUCUGCUGGAAGUGAGUAUUUUUUCAUGAAAUUGAAAAAAGAGAAAAUCACAAUCAAUACGUAUAUUUUCAGACGCUAUCCUGAUGGCUGGAGGCGAAAUCGACAGGGGCUACGGCAACGUAGAGCGAUUGACUGAUUACUGGGUUCUCGACACUCAUACUUUCCGUUGGACUCAAGUCAUGUCUCAAAUGCCGUGUCCACUCAUUGAGCCACGUCUUACAGUCGCUAAUUCUGGUGAGUAAUAUGCGAAAGAUCAUAUUUUCUCCGCUCAGUGAGCAAAAAGGGGCCACUCUAUUCGAGGAUUUGAUUUUUUUAGAUUUCGGCGAAAACUCAUCAAUAUGACAAAAACGUUCUCGCUGGUUUUGGAACUGCAAAUUCUCAAAAAACUUUGCAGCUUUGAAACUUUUCCUAGAACUUCAGAAAGUUGCGAAAAUCCCUAUUUCUUUGUAAAACGACCUCAAAUCUCAAUAGUAACGUUUCUUUGCGCUUAUCCGAGCUGACUUUCCUGGAUAAUCUUUAUGAACUCCUGAGAUAUCAUUUUUAGAAAAAAAAUGACUUCUUGCAGGCAACAUCUACGUCUGGGGCGACUUCGACCAACCACUUCCGGGAAUGUCGCAUGGUACUCAUCUGAGGAUCAUCCGCGUCACGGGCUUCGACCAGGCCAACAAGCCACCAUCCUACACGCCGACGGCAGCUCCACCGCCUCCAGCCUAUCCUUCGCUGUCGGACAACUCGAGUCCGAAUCCUCAGAACUACCAGGGCUAUCCUCAGUCGCAACAGCAACCUUUGCCGCCGUACCCGUCUUACAAUCCAAACCAGUCGAACCCUGGAUAUGGUAACCAGUCUGCACCUCAACCUUAUGGCGGUCAGUACCCUGGCCAGAACCAGUAUCAAGGUCAGGGCCAGCAGUACCCUGGGCAGAACCAGUAUCAAGGUCAAGGCCAGCAGUACCCUGGACAGGAUCAGUAUGGAGGACAGAGCAACACGAUGUACCCAAGCGGCGGAAGCACUGAUCAGUAUCCUGGACAGCACGCCGUCUAUCCUCCCCAGAAGAACAAGAAGGACUGCAGCAUUCAGUAA